AUUCUAUUUCCCGAGAAAUACUUGUUCUAUUGGUCAUUUUAUUUUCCGGCUCACUACUUUCUUGCCGAGUUGUAUAAGGUUAAAAACAUCAAACCCCAUUUGUAGAGCCGCAUCGCCGUCAUGUUCAACGUCAAACUUCUUCUCGCUUUUUUCUUGUGUGUUUUGGUAGUUGAAACUACCACAAAGGUGGUCAAGUUUCACUCAGUUUCCUUCAAUCAACCAUCCUGGAGAACUUCCCAACGCUCCAGACAGAUUCAAGGCUACGGUCCAGUGUCGGCGUUUGCUGAAAGCGGCUCCUCUCGACCACUUUUUUUCGGUUCAUGGCGCAAACGCUUCGAUGAGGAAUAAAUUUUAUUCAUUCGUUUCUCAAGAUCUUACGUUUUCCCGUUCGUUUGUCAGUGAAAAUAAAAAGUUGUUAUGUG